AUGUCCGCCAUCCGCUCCGCCGCCAAGAAGGCGCCCACUGCCGUCGCCAUGUUCAACAUGGGCGGACCGUCCACGCUGCCUGAAGUGCAGAGCUUCCUCACCAACCUCUUUCUCGACCCAGAGCUGAUCCCCAUGGGACCCAUGCAGAAAUACGUCGGUCCUUGGGUGGCCAAGCGCCGCACGCCGCAGAUCGUGGACCAAUACGCACAGAUCGGCGGUGGCUCUCCCAUCCUCAAAUGGACCAACAUUCAGGGCGAGAACAUGUGCAAGAUCCUCGACGAGAUCCGUCCAGAGAGCGCGCCACAUAAGCACUAUGUGUUCUUCCGCUACGCUAAUCCGUUGACGGAGCAAUCGCUGAAGCAGAUGAAGGAGGACGGCGUCACCCGAGCCAUCGCCUUCUCACAGUACCCGCAGUGGUCGUGCACGACGUCGGGAUCCAGUAUGAACCACUUGUGGCGCGAACUGGACCGCUUGGACAUGAAGGAGGACUUCCAGUGGUCGCUUAUUGAUCGCUGGAACACCCAUCCGGGCUACAUCUCGGCGCUGGCCAACCGUGUCAAGAUGGGACUCGAGCAGUACGCGCCUGAAGACAGAGACAAGGUGAUCAUCAUGUUCUCAGCCCACUCCGUGCCCAUGAAGACGGUGUACAAAGGAGACUCGUAUGUGAAUGAGAUUGCUGCCACCGCUGAGCGUGUGAUGAAGCAGCUUGCUGGCAAGAACCCGCACAUUCUCAGCUGGCAGUCCAAGGUCGGCUAUCUGCCGUGGAUGGGACCCAGCACCAGUGACGUGAUCGAGCGCUACGGAAAGCAGGGACACAAACACGUUAUGGCUGUGCCCAUUGCGUUCACUUCCGACCACAUUGAGACGCUGUACGAGAUCGACAUUGAGUACGGCGAGGAGGCCCACGCCGCUGGCAUUACGAACUUCAAGCGAUGCCCGUCGUUGAAUGACGAGCCGCUGCUGUUCAAGGCUCAGGCGGAUAUUGUGAAGGCGCAUCUGGACUCGGAGGAGCUGCACUCGUCGGCUUAUCCUCUUAACUGUGCAGGCUGCACGAACCCCAUGUGCCGCAGCAUCGUGAACCCUAUCAAACCUUACAAGAAGCUUCUGUAG